GAGUCCAAUCGGUGGUCUGGCCGGGAUAAAUAUGGGUCAAACGCACGUUCUACAAAAAGUUCCGGAUAAAAAGUGAAUAACUUAUAUAAUAAUUAUACAUAUACUAAACACUUAUAUAACAAUUAAAAAAUAUACAUUUAAUUUUCGAUUUUUUUGUAUUACUAUUAAAGUACUCAAGUGUGCCAUUUGUGAAUUAUAACUAUAGUCAUUUUUAUUAUCUUUGUCUUCAAGUGCAGUGAUUGUAAAAUACGUGAAUUAUCAAAGUAGAACACUAAGAAUUAAUAUACUUUGUGACUAUGAAAUGAGUCCGAAGAUAGAACUAAUGUUGUUAUUAUGAGUGAACUUCAAGCAACUGUAGAAUUUGCUGUCGAGUACUGCAAGUUUUAUAACAUAGAUCUAUUCCAAAGAGGAUUAUAUCGUAUUCGAACUGAACUUAAAGUUUCUCCUAAGCUCUCUGUUCAAGUGGAAGUCAGCUUAAAAAAACAUCAACAAAGACAAGAUAAUCAAAAAUCACCCCAAUUAUACUAUGUUGAAAAUGGAGAAGACCUUGGGGUCAGUAAGACAUUUCGAAUACUAUAUCGACAUGAAGAAAUUAUGCUCGACGAUAUAAUAUUAUUUAAAGCCCAUGUGCUUGUAGACAGUCAAAAACUACAGGAUAGUCUUGAAAGAGCUGGGUUUAUUUUAAAUGUCGAGUUAUGGUUUGGAGAAAAUGGCUCUAUGUGCUGCGUCUCCAGCAGAACUCUUCAACUGCAUGUCUGUCCAGCGAGAGGAUUACAUUACCACUUACCAGUCUUAUUUGACUACUUUCAUUUAUCAGCUGUAACUUUGACCAUACAUGCGAGUCUAGUCGCUUUACAUCAACCCUAUAUUAAAAAAAGUAUACUGAAUUAUAUGCAAAGUUGUGCUCCUAGAACUGGUAAAACAUGGUUAACAAAUAAUACAAAUCGAUUUAAUUUUCGGCCAUCACAUUCCAUAGAAUCGGUAUUUUUUGGCAACGCGAAUGGCCAAAACGGGACCACUAAAUGUGUCGGAAGCUCAGGGAACAGUAACAAUAACAAUCAUGUCAGUCGUAUGCUCAAUGCUCGACUUAUUCAUCGUGAAGUUUGUUCAUUGUUAUCGGAAGCUUUCGACAAUCUUCAUUCCACAAUUGCUCAAUAUAAUAGAAUAAUGCCAGUAUGGCAACAAGUUGAAACACCUGCGGGCCUUAAAACUGCUGUUACAAUUCCUCAAACAAACAAAAUCCUAGAUGAAGAUGAAUUUCUAGCCUUAGCAAAUAGUAGUAUAGCUCAGUUAUGUGCUCAAAACAUAUUGCUAUGGCAUCAUUUUUUAGAUAAUUUUACAAAAAAACAAGCCAUAAAUCAGCAUCUUUCCAAAAAACACCAUCAACUUCGCGUAAGGAGAUUUUCCGAAGCAUUUUUCGUAUUAGAAAAUCCAAGACAAAGUGCAGCAGGCUGUUAUGAUGACCAUAAUAAUUAUCAACACUAUAGAUCAGUAUCAGAAGCAGCUAGAAGAUCUAGAUACUUGGCUUCAUUGCCACCUUUACCAGUUCAUUGCUCAGCAACGGAUGGCGAUCCAAUUACUUUACCUGUAAUUUUUGAGGAUCAGUACACAAAACCUGGAAGUAAUACUAGAAGAUCGGAUGAUAAAUCUUUUAUUAACUCUUGUGGCAUUCCACUAAAUACAUUACGACAAACACUCUUACUUAACCAAGAUUGUAGUUGUGGGAUCGCAGCUAUAUUAGAAUCUAGAAGAUGCAGUCAAAUGGCAUCAACUGGAAAAUUACUCAAAGUUAAAGGUACGGAUACUGAUCAAAAACCUGCAGAGAACCAGAGUAUUAAGACUAGACACAGCAAAUCAUUAGACCAGUUGUUAAGAUCGACUGUAAUGGAUACACCUAUGUUAUCAUUACCACUUAGUUUUUCUAGAACUUUCGAAACAAAUAAUAAUGGUAAUCCUACUGAAAGAUCAACAAUACCUAAGCACUCAAAGUAUAAACAAUUAGAUCUUAUUCAAAAUACUAAAGUUAUGACACUACCUCGCCGUCAAAAAGAUAAUAUCAAACCUCCCGAGUUUCGAAUACAGCCAAAUGGUUAUGCCUCUUUACCAAUACGGAGAAAUGAUAGACGAUUUUAUCGACCAGUGCGUAUGACAGAAAAAAUAAAGCCAAUAGCUGUAAAUAAGACUAGAUCACCAUCGUCGGGCGAGGAAUCUCCGGUUUCAAAAUUGGGGACUAGUGUUAGUGUUCCACUUCAGUUAGAGGCACUGAACACGUCGCCCAUAAUGGUUAAAUAUUCAAACAGUACGACUUCUAUACCAGAUUUAGUAAAUGAUAAAUUAAUUUCGACUGUAGCGAAUAGUAGUGAGUCAAUGCCAGACUUACCAUCAACAGCAGUGACACGAUUUUCAUCAGUUUCUGAUAGUGAAAUCACUUCAGAACAAAGUGGAUGGGUCUCUAGUCGCCGGUCUUCGAUAUCUUCAUUUUCUGGUCAAAUUACUCCAAAAGUGGAUGAUCCGUAUGAUACAAAACAUGAUUUGUACAUAGGAAGAGAAUUACAAAGAAGGUUGUUAAAAUUACUCGAAGAGUCACCAAACCGAAAAAUGACUAUAACUGAAAAAAAAAUAAAACCGUCUAAAUUUAUUAAACCAUCUGGGGCUAAUACGUUAACGACCAAUGACCAGACAUAUGAAGAAGUUCGCUUACCACCGCCCAGACAAUUUAGAGAUAUUCCUCUUCCACCUGAACCUUUUAGGGAUACGAUUCCUCCACCAGAUUCAGUUGACAAUUUAUUAUAUCAUAUGUACGAAACCGUAAAAGAAGCUAGAUGGAAUGAUCAACAUCGAUUAGCGAUGAGACAGAAAAAAUUUUCAGAAAGUUCUAAGAAACCUAUAGCCAGAACCAAGAAAAGUAGUAUGGAACCGGAGUACUACGAAGACGAAACACACAAAGACAUAAAAGCUGACGGCCGUAUUCAUUCGUAUAACAGCGUCGAAGACAAUUCAAUGUUUCAGAAAUAUAAAGAACAAUUUAAAAAACAAAUGAGUUUUACUGGCGUUAUUUAUAGUGACGCUCAUAUAUUAGCUUCAACAUUACCAUACUUUCACAUCAGCGAAGAUUUACGCAUGUUUUCACCAGAAGGUGUUCACCUCAUAGUAUGUGUCCAUGGACUGGAUGGUAAUUCAGCUGAUUUACGUUUAGUCAAGACAUACAUCAAAUUAGGUUUGCCUGGUGCUCAUCUGGAGUUUCUCAUGUCUGAAAGAAACCAAGGUGAUACAUUUUCGGACUUUGAACGCAUGACUGAUCGUUUGGUGAAUGAGAUUCUUAGUCACAUAUCCUCGUUCCAACUACCACAUUAUCCAUCUAGGAUAAGCUUUGUUGGUCAUUCCCUAGGAACAAUCAUCAUUAGAGCAGCAAUUGCUCGACCUCAAAUGAAACAUUUACUGCCAAAAAUGCAUACAUUUUUGUCACUUUCAGGUCCUCAUUUAGGAACUUUAUACAAUACUAGUGGAUUAGUUAAUAUGGGUUUAUGGUUCAUGCAAAAAGUUAAAAAAAGUGGUACUUUACUCCAGCUAUCUUUGAAAGACGCUGCAGACAUUCGACAAACGUUCCUUUAUCAACUAGCUCAAAAUUGUCAUUUAAGUUAUUUUAAGCAUGUUCUAUUAUUUGGUUCAUCUCAAGAUAGAUAUGUCCCACCUCAUUCAGCAAGAAUCGAGCUUUGCAAAGCUGCUAUUAAAGAUACAUCACCUAUCGGAUUGGCAUAUCGAGAAAUGGUGAACAAUAUUUUAUGUCCAAUAAUCAACAAACUGGAUGUUACGUUUAUCCGUUACGAUGUACAUCAUGCAUUGCCUAACACCGCAAACUCAUUAAUAGGAAGAGCAGCUCAUAUAGCAGUAUUAGAUUCAGACUUAUUCAUUGAAAAAUUUUUAGUGGUAACUGGGCUUAAAUAUUUUAGGUAGAUGUAACAAACAUUUUGUAUAUAAUAUUAUUACAUGAUUUUUGGUCUUGCAAACUGAUUUGUGACGCAAGCACUCGCAGUAUUAUUAUUUCAACAGACUUACAAUUAUCAAGUCGUUUAUAUUAAUAAUUACUAAGUUUUAAUAAUUUAUAUGAAUUUGCCAAAAUGAUGCCAAAGUCCAACAAAAAAUAAAAUAAUAAACAAAGAAACUUAUUUGACAUUUUUUUUUUAAGUAAUAUAGUUACAUACAUAAUCAGGGUUUAUAUUAAUACCUGUAUAGGCUAUACACAUUUAUUAUAUUAUAAUAUUAUAAUUAAAACAUUUGUAUUUUUACUUUCAACUAAAUUAAUUAAUGAAAUUUCAAUUUAACAAAAUUUAUAGCAAAAAAGGUCUUUAAUGAAUUAUAUUGUCUUUGUAAAGUAAGUAGUAUUCAUUAAUACAAACUAAUAACUUUAAAUUUUAAAUCAAAAUGUAUUACAAAAAUAUUUGAACAGUUUUUUAGUUGACUUUCAAUUAUAACUCCACUGAAUCAUCUAAUGCAAUACAAAAAUAAUUGUUGGUAAAUUCAUAAUAUAUGCUUUUAAUUAUUAUAUUCAAGUGUUUUAAAGUAUUUAGAUAAUCUCAAUAUCCGACCAAAAAUGCACUUAAUUAAUAUAAAUAAAAUAUAAUACAAUUUAAAUUGCCAUUUAAUACACAGAAAUGUUCAAAAUAUGUAUAUACUAUUAUACUCCAUUCCAAAAGAGAAAAAUAUACUAGAAAGCAACCGGUUUCCGUCCGGCAGCGCAUAUCUUCCAUAUAACGGCAUAGGUAGUGACCAGUUUAAGGGGGGAAAAGGCGCAAAACUGGUAAGUUCUCUUUUGGAAAAGAGUAUAGUAUGAAUAUUUUAAUUAUUGGUAUCUACGGGAGAAAACUAUAAUAUUCCAUCUUUAUUACAUUAAAUCUUAUAAUAUGUUAAUGCUCAAACUUACAUCAUUAUUAUUAAAAUAAAUAAAAUGUUCAUUAAUUAUUACUACGAUAAUGUUUAAGAAGUAUAAAAACACAAGGGUCAAUUAAACUCAACAUUAAUUAAAAUAUAAAUAUUUUAAUUAAUUAUUAACUUUAAAAUUACAUUGUAAAUUGUUUUUAUUUUAUUAUUAUAAUUUAAGAAUUGUUAAGUAAUUUUAUAAAAACCAAAAAUGAAAACACAAACUUCAAUAUAUUGUAUAUUAUGUAUAUUUCAGUUAAGUUAAAUAAAAUAACAUUAUAUCAGUUUA